CAGCAGUUCAGGAAGAUGGUGGAAAGCCGCAAGUCCUCCAACUUCCGCAACCAGAAGAUGAUCGCCGGGCAGGUCAAGGAAAUCCAGGCCCUGAAGGCCGAGCAGGAUGAGAUCACGCUGCUCCUGAGUCUCCUGAAGUCCUCCAAGAACUUGCAAAUGAACGAGAAAAACUACCUGGAGCUGCGGUUCCUGCUGCAAACCAAGGAGGACUACGAGGCUUUGAUCAAGUCCAUGAGAGCCCUCUUGGCCGAGCUGGAUGAGAAGAUUGUGCAGAUGGAAAAAAAGAUCAUCAGCCAGAAACAGGUCUUCGUGAAGAUGCAGGAGGUCCACAACCCCCGGAAGCUGCAGAAGCAGAUCCAGAUCCUGGAGACCCGUCUGAACCUCGUCACCGUUCACUUCGACAAGAUGCUGACCAGCAACGCCGAGCUCCGGAAGGAGAUCGAGGCCCUGCGGUUCGAGAAGGCCGCCUACGACAACGCCUACCAGCAGCUGCACCGGCGCCUGCUGAUGCAGAAGAAGACGAUGAACCUGGCCAUCGAGCAGUCGGCGCAGGCCUACGAGCAGAGGUUGGAAGCCAUGGCUCGGAUGGCUGUCAUGAAGGACCGGCAGCAGAAGGACAUCUCUCAGUACAACCUGGAGAUCCGGGAGCUCGAGCGGCUCUACGCCCAUGAGACCCAGCUCAAGUCCUUCCUACUCAUCAAGCUGAACGACCGCGUUGACUUUGAAGAGCAGGCCAGGAAGGAAGAAGCUCUCAAGGCAAAGAAGCACGUGAAGAAGAAGAAGGGUGAGAGCUUCGAGAGCUACGAAGUGGCCUACCUCCGCCUGCUGAAGCUGGCCGAGCGCGGGACCAUGAACCAGCUCAUCGAGGAGUUCCUGGCCAAGGAGGAGAAGAACUUUGCUCGGUUCACGUACGUCACGGAGCUCAACAACGACAUGGAGAUGAUGCACAAGAAGACGCAGAGGAUCCAGGACGACAUCAUCUCCUUGCGCUCGCAGCAGAAGUCUUCCCACGAGGACAGCAGGUCCGUGCUGAGGGAGCUCGAGGGGAAGCUGACCAAGACCACGGAGGAGGCGGACCUGUGCGAGGGCAAGCACCGGGAGAUCAGCAAGAUCCUGGACUUCCUCAAGGGCUCGGUGGAGAAGCUGUUCAAGAAGAUCCACUGCGAUGCCUCCAAGAUCCUGGUGCAGCUGGGCGAGACGGGCAAGGUCACCGACGGCAACCUGCAGCAGUACUUAGCCAUCAUCGAAAAGAAGACCAACGACCUGCUGCUGCUCGAGUCCUACCUGCGCAUCCAGGAGGCGGAGGGCGCCGAGAGCGAGGCCCCCACGCCCUUCGUCAACCCCUUCUGGGGCGGCUCCUCCUUGCUCCGGAUGCCGGAGCCCGCCAAGGUCGUCCCGCCCGUGUUCGGGGCCGAGCCGCUCAGUGACAAGCUGGACGACGUGGAUCAGCCGCUGGACCACGGCAGCCUGCGGCAGCUGGUGCUGGACACCUACACGCUGAGGGAGGCGCGCAGCAAAGACGGACGCGGGGACAGCCUGCCCGAGAAGGCGGACGAGCCGCGGGCGCGGAAGAAGGCGGCGGCGGCGCCCUGGCCCGAGCACCCCCGGGAGGUGCGGGGCCGACAUGUCCGCCUCGAGACCCGGGACCCCACGGCCACGGUGGCUCCCGCCUCCUGUCUCUGGCUCCCCGUGCGUGACUUGUGCGGUGCUCGCGGCGCGGCCCAGCGGCGGGCACGUCUGGUCCCGGCCGCGCGACGGCGGCUCUGCGGAAGCCGGGUCCCUCGCCUGGGCCGCGUGGGCGGGAACGGGGUCCGGAGGGGCGCGGGUCCCUGCGGGUCGUCCCCCGGGGCGGAGGUGCGGGUCCGGCCGCUGUGGCUGGGGGAGCUGAGGGCGGCCGGGCAGGCGGCUCCCGAGCCGCGAGGGCCCCUCCUGGGCUCCCCCCUGCGCCGCCCGGUCCCGGGGUCAGCUGUGCGGGGCUCGCGGGGGUCCCUGGGACCCUCCCCCACUUCUCAGGUUGCCUCCAGGAGUCUGGGCCGCAACGCCCCGAGGGCGAGGGGCGCGAAGCAGCGAAGGCUCCCGGGAGCAGCCGUGCCCGAAGACCCCCCGAGCCCGCCGCCACAGCACAGCUGA